AUGAUUGGUAUUGUUGUUGUUGUUGUUGCAGGCAAGUACUCAGCCGCAAGGUCGCACAUCAUGAACGACAAGUACAUGGAGGAGUUUGAGAGGGCUUGGGAGGAGCUACACGCGCUGCAUAUGGGCGAGGGAGGCGGCGGCGGUGGUGGUGCUGGUGGUACGGCCGGGGCGGCGGCGGCAGCGCGGGCCGGGACAUCGCUGGCGGUGCGUCAGCGCAACAUGUAUGCAUCCCUGGAGGAUCCGUCAGGGCCUCCGCCGCCGUCGUACUACCAGCCGCAGUCGUCGGCGGCACGGUGGGUUACGUGUGUGUCGUACGCCUCCCAGGGCCGUAUCGUGUCGGGGGGAAUGGACAGCAAGUUGUGGGUGUGGCCGGCGGUGGGGAACAAAGGGAUGGUGGCGGAGGCGCAUUUUGGCCCCAUUUCCCAGGUUAAGUAUGACAAGUCAACGGAUCUCGUACUCAGCGCGUCGUACGAUAAGACAAUCAGGCUGUGGGAGCUUGGAGCUCGGCCCCACGAGGCGGGCUGCUUGCAAGGUCACGAGGCUCCCGUCCUGGAGAUGCAGGUCAGCGCGGAUGGCCGCAUUGUGUCGGGCGACCGCAGUGGUCAUGUCCUCUUGUGGGACAUGUCAUCUGGCGGUGUAUCCUGGCGCAUGAAGAACGUGCACCAGGGCCACGUGACGUCUUUGGCGUGGUUUGAGGAGGGCGGCGGAGGGGGAGGGGGAGGUGCCUCCGCUCCAGGGGAGGGCGGGGGUUGCUUUGUGACUGGAGGACAAGACGGCGUGGUGCGGGUUUGGGACCCGAGGGCUAAGGCUAACGUGGCCAAGGUGCAGUUACACGUCAACGAGCAGGGUCAUGGCGCAGUGGGCGAUAUUAUCGCGGGGGGCCCCGCGGUCUCCGGUCUGGUGGUGACUGCGGGGGCAGAUGGAACGUGCCGAGUGCUGGACCCGCGACUGGGCUUUGCGUUGUCUGCAACUGCACGGCUAACGAAUUUUCCGUACAGCAUGACGGCGGCGGGAGGUACGGCAGUAGUUGGCUGCGGCGACGGCUCCAUUCAUUUCAUUGACGUCCAGAGCGGCCGGACGUUGUACGCUCUGGGUGCCAAUCGUGCUGCCGUACGCUGCAUGGAGGCCUCGUACGACAAGCUAGUUUGCUCGGGUGACGACGGCAAGGCGAUCGUGUACAACUUUUCGUGA